AUUUUUUUCUCCUUACAGCAAAACCUUUUGGCUGAUGUGAAUGCUGUGAAGCCCUUCUCAUGUUUGCAUGUUCUUUUGGUGUCUCAUUAAACUCCUCUAUUUUUUUAAGCUUUCCUCACUUAGCUCUUUUCCAAAGGUUUUAUUUGGUUGUUGGCUUAUACAAAGACUAUUAUGUUAAUAUUUUGUGGUCCUGCUGGUGUCUUUUUUUGGGGGAAGGAGCUGGAGUUUUAAGGAUCUUUACUUUUGGUCUUAUGGGAGAGAAAAGGCUCUUUAGUGAAUUUUAAGUGUUAUGUUGAUAAAUCGUGGAGGUUUUUGGUUGUGUCAUGAUGACAUUCCUGGUUCUUGCUUAAGCUUGCUUCCGCACUCUUGCAAAAGGGAAAAGGUCAAUGUUGUUACGCGUACCAUGAUGGAUAACUUAUUGUUUUGCAUUUUAGAACAAAAUGGCUUUUGAAAGAGCAGAGAAUGCAAAAAGGACAGAGAGCGCGGAGCUCCAAAAAACUACAGGGGAUAUAAAACUUAACCAACUUAAUCUCCUGGUGCGUGAACAAGAGGCCUUGCUGAUUGAAAGACACGCACAGUCGCAAAGGCUGGAAGGAGAACUAAAAACACAACAGCGGAUGAAUGACGAUCUAACGUUUCAGAAAUCGCAGCUUGAGCAUGAUGUUCGUCAGUGUCAGGCCAAAUUGGAGAGAGUAAUGGCUGACAAAGCUGCCAGUGAGCAAGAACUAAGUCAUUCUAAAUUGUUAAUUGAGCAGGCAGAGGCCAAGUGGUCCAACGCUCAGAGGAAACUGGAGGACCUUGUCAAUGAAAACCAAGUUCUUAUGGACCGAAGUCCCACAUUUCAGAGAAAAAUAAUAGUGGAGGAAAUUAAAAAGGAAAAUGUUCAAAGUGAUAUUCAAAGUGAUUAUUCCAGUGAGUCCCAUUCAAACAUACUUAGUGAAUAUCAAAGAUUAAAAGAGGGUAUACAGCAGAAAUCUGAUGAGCUAGCCAUGGUCCAGAAGCGAGCAGAAAUGUCUGAGGAGAAAGCUCAAAGUUAUAAAAAGCUAUUGGAUGAUAGAGAUAACAGACUCAAGAAGCUUCAGCUGGACAUGGAAGCAGAGAGGUUCAGCCUGAGACAGAAAUUAGAAGAUCUUCACCAGGAGACACUAAUCUUGCAACAAACAAUCUCUGAACUGCAAGAGGAAAUCAGAGCACUUAACAGAGCAAAAUCCUCACUGGAGCAAAAUUCUUUCUUCCAAAAUACAGAGGUUGAAGGUCUCAAGGAACAGCUGAAGAUUACUCAAGGAGAAAUUCACAGAAGGAGCUCCUUGGAUCAGGAUAACAUUAAAAAGAUUAGCAGUUUGGAGGAAGACCUCGCUUCAAAGCAGGUGGUGAUAAAUCAAUUGAACUUUAAAUGUACUGAGCUUAGAAGAUUAAACAUGUCGUCCGAAAGUGAUUUGAAAGCUCUUCAGCUUCACACGGAGUCGGUCGAAAGAGACAGAUCCUAUUUAGAGCAAAAGAUGAAGUCUUUGAAGAGUGAAAUUCAGAACUGGAAGGACCUGCUUCAAGAGGCCAAAGAUGAAGUUACAGUCAUGAAGAGAUCAGAGCAAGAGUGUCUGUUUAAAUGUAAAAGUCUCGAGGCAGGCAUUCAAAAUUGUGAAUUUGUGGCUUCUCAGUUACAAAAGAAAGCAGACGAGUCAAAGCAGGUAAAUGCUGACUUGGAAAAUAGUUUGAAGAAUGCAAAGGAGAAGCACGAGCAAGGUCUAAUGGAAAUAGAGAGAAAAGAUCAACAAAUUGAAAUUCUAAAGUCUCAGGUAGAAGCAGCGAAAUCACAGGUCAAAAUUAUUGAGGCAGAGCUCAAUACAAAAUCCCAGAACACCCAUGAGCUUCAAGUAAAAUUGCAAGAUCACAGUGAGCAUGUGAAGACCUUAACGGAAGAAAAUAGCUCAUUCAACUGCAACGUCACGAGCUACCAGAGAGAAAUAACAGCGCUGAACUCUGACCUUAAGUCUGCCUUAGCUGAAAAAGAGAUAGCAGAGCGUAAGGUCCACAUACAAAGUGCUGAGAUUGAUGAUUUGAACACAAUGUUGAAAAGCAAAAAUGCAGAAAUUCAGAAGGGAUCUUCUGUGAUAAACAAACAUCUCAGCAAAGUAAAAGCAUUAGAAGAUGAGCUCUUCAAAUAUGAGCACAAUGUCAAGGGCCCAACACAGAGCUCAGACAAAAUGACAGGGAAUUUAAAGCAGGAGAUACUUACUCUCCAAAUGGAGAAAAACACUGCAGAGAAAAAUGUUGAAAACUUGAAAGCUAAAGUUUCAGAGUUGAGCGCUUCUCUGCAUAAAGUAAAAGAGGAAUUGGCUAAAGAGAGCAAAGAAAGGAAAAACAAAGAAUCUAGAAUAACACAGCUUGAAUGGGAGCAAGAGAAAAAUCAAACAUUGACAAAAGGAAUGUCUAACUUCGACCAAUCCCAGUCAAAUUUCCAACAUGAAAAUUUGGUCCUUAAGAGAGAGAAAACUGACGCUCAAGGGAAAAGUAUCUCAUUGGAAUCUGAAAUCAUAUUGUUGAGGGAAAAGCUUCAGUGCAACAACGCAGAAGCAGAGAGAGUGCAAAAAGAAAACUCUCUUCUCAGAGUGAGGACACAGCUGAUGGAGGAGCAAGUUGGGAAGUGCAAGAGAAUGCUUGAGGAAUUGAAAAACAAGCUAGAACUACAGAGGCAGGGCUAUGAAAGGCAUCUGAUGUUAGUGCAGAAGGAAAUGGAAAAGAAAGUGAUGUUAGCAAAGUCCGAAAUCACGAGUGAGACAGAUGUGUCACAAAAGCGUUCGUAUAGUUCAGAAUUAGAAGAAAUGCUCAAUGAAUAUCUCAAAGAGGAGAUCCAAGUAUUAAAUGUGACCCCACGAAUGACAUUGGAAUCAAAGCAGCAAGUGGACAACAGAUUGGAGAAAUUGGAGCAAGAAAAAAAUAUGCAUGACCAAGAUUUACUAAAGGCAAGAUCGCAAAAUACUCAACCUGAAGAGGACAAAGUUCAACUAUACUCAAAGGUGAAUGCUUCACCAAGUAAGGCUCGUUCAACACAGCUCCUCCAAGAUGCUUACAAAGUAACGCCAAAGGACACCAGCUCCCAUCCUGGACCAAUCAAUUCAAACACCAAAGAGGUUCCAAGUCUUCUGACGGUACCAACGGAGAAGGAAAACCAAAGAUUUAGGAAACAGGGAGUCAUCAAAGACGGCCAUCACUAUUUGAAAGACUCGGAGACUGCUAUGCUCAAGACAGCCAUGCAGAAAGGAGAACCACAAUGCAGCAAGGAGGAGGAGGAGAAUCCGCUAAUGAAAAGCUCAAUCGAGAUGGCAACAUUGAAGAAAGAAGACAUUCUAAUAGACUUCAACCAAGAUGAAAUCAAAGUCAUUCCUAGUGAGACAACUUUGACGAGUUCAACUUCUCAAAACGUCACAUCCCCACAAAGACAAUAUACGACCGAAACAUAUCAGAUUUACUCAUGUAACGAUUUGAUCCCCAAAACGCAGGGAUACAUGGCCCUGUCUGUACCCAUAGAGUACCAGAAAGAAAGACACAGCGUCCUUACAACAACAAGAUAUCAUCUCAAAGAACCUCUUGAAGCAAGAAAUAAGUCCAUGAAAAGUGCUCCAGAAAGUAGGGACAGCUUCAGGUUGUGGAACACAACAGCUUUGAAUCUCACUGAUCUCAAAAGAAGCACAGCUAUUCAAAACCUAAUCAAAUAUAAGAUCUUGGAUGAAGACAUUUUCCAUCAAUUUGAGGAAGGACUGAUCUCAAUAGACAAAGUACAAGCGUCAAUCGCGCCCUAUGUCGGCAAACCAACUUCCAUCGCUGGAAUAUAUGUGGAGUCGAGUAAGAAAAAAACUUCCUUCUUCGAGGCAGCUGAGAAGGGUUUCUUGGCAAAGGUGUACGCUUUGGAAUUCCUGCAAUCUCAGGCAGCGACAGGAAGUCUCACUGAUCUGGCCACGGGCCAGAUAUACUCCUUAGACGAGGCUCUUGAGAGAGGAAUCUUUGAUUCAAGCUUAAAAGAUAAACUGAUGGAGGCUGAGAAAGCUUUCCGUGGCUAUAUGCACGCUGGCAAAAAGUUGUCUGUGUUCCAAGCGAUGGAGGCGAGUAUUCUUGAGCGAUACAAAGGCAAGAAGAUCCUUGAAGUACAAAUAGCCACCGGUGGAGUGGUUAACCCAGAGGGCGGUUUCAGAAUGCCGCCGAGCGUUGCUAUUGAUCAUGGCUUCCUAAACAAGGAGACCCUUCAAAUUCUGUACGAUCCAGUCCGCAAUCCCAAAGGUUUCCACAACCCCGAUACUGGACAAAGAGCGUACUACUGUGAAAUACUAAAGGCGUGUCUUUAUGACAUUGAUGGUGGAGUCCUCCUCCUUCCACUUGGGGACCGGCAUCUUACCAGUAGCUCGCCCACAAGUUCCCACCGGGUGUCUGUUGUCAGCAGCAGCCGUGGGACUGAGAUGUCUACCCAUGAAGCUUUCAAGAAGAAACACAUCGACAAGCAGACCUACCUGUUUCUGUCACAGCAGGAGAGUGAAUGGCAUGAGACGUCUGUAGAUGACGGCAACGGAGUUUUGCGACACAUCAUCACAGAUGUCAAAAAUGGAAGAAAGCUCUGUCUCGAGUCUGCUCUCAGUCAGAGGUUUCUUGAAGCGUCCGAGCUAGAACGCUACAGGAACGGCCAGCUUAGUAUCUACGAGAUUGCCGACAUCAUAUUUUCAAGAAUGGUUGUUGUGGAGGAUGUAAACAGCCCCAUUGCUGGUCUUUGGGACCUCACUCGGAAGAAGAGGCUGUCAGUUCUUGAGGGAUUUCAACAAGGUUUUACUGACGGGACCACUGCCUUGAAAUUGCUGGAGGCCCAAGCCUGCACCGGCGGUAUUUGUGACCCCUUCUCUGGGGAGAAAUUUACAGUUAGUGAUGCAAUUAGUAAAGGUCUUUUAAAUGAGAAGCUUGCGCAGAAACUACAGCAGUUUGAGCAAGUAUUCAAUGGCAUCACUCACCCCAAAACUGCAAAGUCUGUGUCCAUCACUCAGGCAGUCCAGGAAAAUAUUUUACCCAAGGAUGUUGGCACACGCUGUAUCGAGUUCCAGCUGCUGACUGGUGGAUUGAUCAACCCUGACACCCACGACCGAGUCUCACUCGAGGAAGUCAUUCAGAGAGGCCUUGUUGACAAAGCCACGGCCUCAGCUAUCAAAGAUGAAAAAUCCCACACCAAAUGCCUCACUUGUCCAAAGACCAAGAGACGAAUCACAUUCAAAGAAGCGCUUGAAAGAAGCGUUUAUGACUGCCACACUGGUUUAAGAUUACUUGAGGCUAUUAAAGGUCAAGAGUUUGGAUCUUUAUCAACUUUUCUUCCCAGGAAGUUGAAAUAAAAACUUGUGGGCAUUCUCGUUAAAAAAGUAAAUACUGGAAAUAUGAUUUAUUUUGGCUCAAUGUGUAGCUAUAUUAUUUUCUUUGCUUAAAUAAUGUGUACGUAAGCAUGGGAUCAUUGCGCUUGCCUUCAUUUUAUGUUGCCACAGUUUUUUUUUUUUGUUCAUUUACUAAUUAUUAGACCUUUUAAGUUUUUACUUAUAAUGGAUGAAAUAUAGUUUCAGAUGAAUUUAGGAGUUUGCUGUAUUUCAAAUGGGUCCAACUGAAGCAUGAACUAUUUCCUAUCUGAA